UUUUUAAGUAUAGGCAUCGUGCAGUGGUGUCAACGGCGGCUUUAUUUAUUUACACACUGUGUCAAAUAAAUAUGGGAUACAAAUUAAUAAUUUUGUUGGGUUUGCUGCUUGGAGUUCUGUACUGCAUACACAUACUUGUUCAGGAUUAUCAAGCUGUGACUGCCUCCAAACUUCUUCGCUUUCUUUUCAAAAGGGAUACGAGUCCGAAUUACACGAAACCAAGCGUAAGGUGGAGAAAAAUUUUAAUGUAUGAUAAAAUACAAUGCACUCGGUUCCUCUAUUGUGCUCUGGGAGCAGCGGCUGAAGCGGGGCCGGACGGGGAACUACCCACAGGUUUAAUAUUAAUGCUCAGCUUAGAACCUAGAGGUGAAGACAAAGAUUCUCUGGAAGUGUUCCAGAAUGCGUACGAGUUUGGUCGGAAUGCACACACCCUCUGUCAGAUUCACGUGUACGACAUGCAUCAAGAUGAGCACCUGUAUCCUGGAUCGGAGACGUUUAUUCCCGAGCGCUUUCUGCCUGAGAACACAAACAGAUGUUACCCCUACGCUUAUUCCCUUUAA